AUGGCUCUUGGAUCGUCUUCUAACAGGAUCAUGGGUAUAGAUUUUGCCGCUACACUUCAAACCCAACUCUCUGGCCCCCUCGACGCUGGCGAUACCGAAUUACUCAUCGCGGACACGGGCCAUCAUAUUCAGAAGAUUCACAAUGCAACCCAGUCAGGCUCAAGCAGCCCUUUGCCCCCAGAUUUGGCCAAGGAUGCUGAACGGAAAGGGCGCAAUCUGUGGAAUCUUUGCCUGGGCCGAAGUGCAGGCAGAGCCAAGAAGGACGACCCAUCUGAAGCUGUGCAUCUUAUGGAUCUGGCCUUGGCACUGGGCAAGGUUUGCAUCGGUGCAUUAGAUUUGGAUCUGGCUAGGUUGGCGCUGCAAAAAGCGGCAGAGCUGAUAGAAUAUCUGAAAGCAAUCCCUCUUGACUCUUUGGAUUCCAUUGGACAGAAUGAACGGACAAGACUUGACGCAGAAUAUUUGGCAAUAAGGACAGCCAUAUCUUGGAAAGAAGAUAGGCUUGACGUUGCAGAGCACAUGUUUGGAAAAAUCGAUCUUCUUCGACCAGCACUCAAUGUUCGCUCUGCAGAGCUUAUAGCUGAUACGUUUCAGCACAUUGGGUAUGGUCUUGCUUCAAAAGGAGACUACGGUAUGGCUGUGAAAUGGUUCAAGCGCGCCUACGAUCUUAUAAGUCUCCAAGCGCUAGAUCAGCUUUCGGUCAAAGGGCUGGAGUUGCGAUUGGCCAUUUGCCAGGGACUUGUACGCGGGCUUCUGGAUAUCGGCUCACAGGAAUGUUUUCAAGAAGCCAAUAGACUGAUUGAAUAUAUCGAGUCAGAGGUUGGGGACAAGCCGCUAGUACUGCACUGGCGCCUUGAGCUUCUUCAGAGAGCUCCGGGAGAAGUUUUUGACACCGAAGCCUACUCUAGUAUACUAUAUCGAAUGAUACGUUCAUUCGACUACUCUGAUGCGUCUUUCGCCUUUCUCUUGCAUCACAUCAAGAGUUUGAGAGAAAGAAACCAUCGCCUGGCGCGCGGUCUACUGGAUGAACUUUUGCUGCGGCACGUCAUUGCAUCAAAGAAUAGCGACUGGGUGGGUAAAACUCUCGUGCGAAGGAUAUGGAUGAUUUUUCAGUCCAUGUCUGAUAAUGUUAAAAACCAUUUUCUCACGAGAUACCUUACAUUCAAGAUAUCCCUCAUUGACCAGGACCAUGACCUUGGCUGUGAAAGCAUCCGGCAUCUCAGUAAACUCUCCAAUGCUUCAGAAGGUCGGGACAUAUUAUAUGCAUGUAUCCGAGAGGCACAGCUAGCAGGAGACAGGCAGUGUGCUCUGGCAGCACUGCAAGCCAUUAUCAGAAGUUGGAAAGACGAUGAAGCAACACCGAGCAAUCUGCCAUCGAUAUUACGAUGUUCAAUACGCCUCAUCCAGGCAAUUGAAGAGAACAAUACGAAUGAAAUCCAUCCUAAGAACACGGUAUAUGCUGACGAUUUAUGCUGCUUAUUUGAGAAAGCUGCUGAAUGCGCUGAGCGGAAUCCUCAAGACGGCGAUGGCAAAUUGUUUACUGUGUUUGAGUUACACUGGUUUCGGAAAAAUGCAUACAACUUGGGUGUCCUAAAUGAGAUAACAAUAAUGGCGAUUCGUUGUCACUUCAUUAUCUCAUCGGCGCUUAUAUCCCUAGCUCGGACAGAAGACAAGACAAACGAGCAUUUGCAACACUAUCUUGAAGCUAGACAGCACAUUAGAAAAUUCGAUGCCAUGCUAGAGACCAAGCCCGAUACGACUCAGGGGGAAAGCGUCAUGAAAGAUUUGAUCGCCAAACUCUCCACAUUGCUUGUAUUUGAUGUUGAAGCGGCCACUGUGCUAAAGGACUGGGAUGGUUUAAACGAAACCGUUCGAAAAGCAAAAAUAUGUCAAGAUGAAGUCACUUAUAAAGCAAUGGGGGACUGUAUACUGAGAAGCAAAGCUCCGGGCAAAGUAAUGUUUUCGACUAUGCAACUGAUAAUCAAUGAGAUUUUUGAGUUGGAAAAGUUUGAUUAUGAGAAACUCAUGAAAUACAUCCGUUGCAUGUUUCAGGUGAUUCUGGGAACGGACGAUAAUUCGGCUCUCCAGCUUGUUGACCAAGCUUUGCAGAUAGCGGGAGAGGCGAACGAGAUUGGAAAUACGCUCCCGUCGGCCGAAAUAGAAUGGCUUGUCGCUACGACUUUUAAUCACGGAAUCGAAUAUUACGUCCGAGGAGAAUCAGACUCGUGCCAUUGCUGGGCGAUCAAGGCCAUGGAUCUAGCCAACUAUGUUGACGAUGGAGGUGUGAUGAGAGACAUGCUGCUUGAUAAAUUUUCUCAGUUGCAACUUGACGGGAGAACUAGGUGAAGCGCGAUGGUGGUAUUUCGAUGAGGCUUUGUAUGCUCUUUUUAUAUACGCCGUAUGCUUAGAAACUUAGAUAAACCAUGGCUAAAGCGCCUAUCAGAGAUGAUUUACACAAUGACAAUCGAUGGUGAUGAUUAUUCGCGGAAAAGGGUGAGAUGAGCAUGAGAGCGUACAUAAGGGUGACAUUAUCUUGCUAUCGAAUAAUCGAAUAGGUAUCAGUCGAUAUUAUACAGGCCAUUAUAUCAUAUGCGUUGUUGAAAAAGAAGCCCUCAUUACACACAAGACAAGUGCACUACACGCUUUCAUCAUAAAAAAAAAAUAAAAAAAAAUAGAGACAGAGAAGCAAGAAAAAGAAGGCUGGAAAAGGGGGUUAAAGCACACAAAACAAGCCCUCGUGGUAUCUCCUACUCUUGCGUCCGUGAUCGACAACGUAACCAGUAAUUAAAAAAAAAAAAAGGCAGAGUUGGUAUAUGUGUAUAUGAAAGGCAAAGGACAAAAAACAAAAGAAAAAGAAAAAAAAAAUUCUCUCUUGCAAAAUUCCGUGUGUAGUAAACAGAUAGAAUUCGAGAAAGAAAAAAAAGGCAAUGCAAUCGCCACAUCUUUGGGUAUGCGUGAGAGUAGAUUGGUAUCAAAUGUCGUCCCUGCGACCA